UUCCUAUCCUCAACUCUUAUACAAUAUGACCCCUCUUUCCUGUUAGUACAAUUAGUGUCGUUUGAUAAUAGAACUAUUUCAUAAUAUCAAACGAAAAUAGAGGGGGGCAAAAGCGUGGUAAAAAAAAAGAAGAGCGUUUUGUAAAAUACCCCUUCAUCCCAUAUAGCUUAUUUUGUGUUCGCUUCGGUGCGGUAUCCGCAAGUACUGUGCUUUGCGCUCGGCGACAACCGGAUCUCGAAUUUAAUCCCGGAGCGAACCGUCACGUCAAGUUGGGGUGGGGGCGGAUUCCCGUGGUUUCCAAGUUACCCCCGAGCCCACCAUUUUUUCACUUUUUUUCCAACUUUUUUCCAACGAUGCAUCGGUUUCUUGCGCGUUCGUCCAAAGCAUGCAUUGCCGGAUUCCAUACGUCCGCUUCGCGUGCUGCCAUCAGUCGCUUUAAUAUGCCUGCCAUGAGCCCUACCAUGACCGAAGGAACGAUCCAUCAGUGGAAAAUCCAGGAAGGUGAGAGCUUUUCCGCUGGCGACGUCUUGCUCGAGUUGGAAACCGACAAGGCCCAGAUCGAUGUUGAGGCGCCUGAGGACGGUAUCCUUGCCAAGAUUGUGCUUGGAAAUGGCGAAAAAGCGGCAGUGAAUACCGCUAUUGCAUUGCUGGCUGAAGAAGGCGACGACUUGUCCAACGUUGAGAUGCCCGCAGAGGAGUCUGGCUCGGCAUCGUCGCCACCACCGCCCACGGAAGAGCCCAAGCAAGAAGCAUCCAAACCCGCACCCGCACAGCCAUCCACACCCCUGGACCAUCACGAUCUCGACACAAGCAAGCUAAAGAAGCCAUUAUCUCCAGCAGUGCUUAGCCUUGUUUUGAAGAAUCACAUCAAGGACUUGGGUGCCAUCAAGGCGUCCGGUCCCGGUGGCCGUAUCUUGAAGGGUGACGUACUUGCACAUCUUGGACUGAUUCCAUACAAACCUGCACCCGCACCUAGAACGUCGAUUGCCCCACCACGAGAAGAGAUUGUAUUUGCCAAGCCCGCCAAGCCUGUAGUCAAAGAAGAGAAGCCAUUGCCUCCCAACUUUAUCAGCAAGCAGGUUGCCGUGGACGAUUUGUUUGCUUUGCGCACUACACUAAACUCACAAAACCGCACCAAUGUCAGUGUGAACGACUUUAUUGCAAAGGCCGCCUCGCGAGCAUUGCAGGAUGUCGUUGCCAAAGCACCCAAAUCCACCAGCGGAGUCGUUUGCAAGACCGAUGCUGCCACAUUCUCUGAAUCAUACAAGGGCGGAUCCUUCAAGGUCUUCCACUUGGCGCCACCCACCUACGACUUCAUCAACGACUCAUACGAACCCUCAAAGCCCUACAUGCUGAACGUCAGCUCUAGCAAAUCCAUGUCUUCCGGCAAAUCAGCACAAUCCAGCGACGAUGAAAUGCUCGAACUGAUUGGAUUCCUUGGCGGCGAAAAGCCAGCACAGGAGGCACCUCGUGCAGUACGAUUGACAGGUGGUGACGCUCGAAUUGAUUUCAGCAAUCAGCCCAAGGCGCUGGCGCAGCAAGUAGAGUUGAAGCUGCAAGGCGGUGCACCAGGCAAGAUUUUGAAUGAUCAAAAUGCCACCGUUUUCCUUGACCGUGUAGAAUAUUACGUUAGAAACCCCAGUGAAUUGACUGUUUGAAAGGAAAAAAAACUAAAUAAGCCGACCUUCCGCUCUCAGUUCCCUUGCCAUCAUCCACCACACAUUAUAUACUUUUAAUAAAAAGACACAAC